AUGCACAGUAAUAUUCCGUUGAGCACCAUUUACAUUCUAGUGCGCGCGGGGGCAGCUACGGAACCUACCGCUUUGGCGUCGCUAGUCGAACCCACGCCUACUAAAUUUCCAAAGUGCGACCGCACAUUCGUGAGUCGCGGCGGAACGAGCAACGGCACAUUCACCGCACCCGAACUCCACAAUCCAUACAACCAGAGUCGUCAGUGUCUUUACACGUUCCUAGCGGCGCCGGGACAACGCGUACUCGUCGAGUUUCGCACCUUCGACCUGAGAGGGAAACCGCCAGAUGGAGCAGCACUGGGAGAACUUCCAGCAUGCAUGCACGAAUACAUGGAUAUAUACUCGGAGAUGGCAUCGCUGGAAACGGGCGAGCUGGUCAACUCGGCGUUCGGCGGCCGAUACUGCGGGCCCAUCCCGCCACGACGCCGCGUCUCGCUCCACCGCGCGGUGGCUCUCGCCUUCUUUACAGACCUUACGUACACGCCGCCAACGCUCUUCUACGGCAUCUAUCGCUUUAUCAACGCCACGGAGUACGAGGUGGGAACGCCCGUGCCGAACACGUUGUGCUCGUUCGUGAUCGACGCGAGCAAGCGCAAGCAGGGGCUGCUGCUGUCGCCGACGUACCCCGGCAUCUACCCGAAAGACAUCACUUGCAACUUUCAGUUCGUCGGGCAGCCCGGACAACGCAUCCGGCUAGAAUUUCGCGACUUCGAUCUCUUUUUCGGAGGGCCUCAUUGCCCAUUCGACUGGGUACGCGUAUACGACGGGCCCGACAACACAUCAGCGAUAAUAGGCACGUACUGCGGCCAGCAACGCAACCUGGUGCUCUACUCGAGCGACGAGCGACUGCUCGUAACCUUUUUCACCUUGCCUCGCGCCGCCAACACCCAGAACCGCGGCUUUAAGGGCAUAUUUGAGUUUUCCGAAAGUUUUGUUAAGUUAGAUUUUAUAAGCAAACAUGACGCCGAGCACAUUAGAGGCUCGGAGUGUGAUCAGAAAAUUCUUAGUAAAAAGGAAUCGUCGGGAUUCGUAUACCAUCCAAAUUAUCCAUUCCCUUAUAUACAAAAAGUUGUUUGUAGAUAUUUUAUAUACGGUAUGCAAGACUCACAGAACCUGGAAAGGGUUCGGCUCGAGUUUCAGAAUUUUUCUAUACCUAAAGGAGAAAACCCGAAACCGGACACUUGUCCUGAUGGCUACUUGAAGGUGUACCUUCGUGGGCAGGAGGCCACAGACUCGUAUGAUAAGCACGAUGCAGAGCUUUGUGGAGACGGUGAGAAUUCGCCAGCCUUCCCACCACAACUCAUCUCAGAUGGACCGAGGCUGGUAUUGGUGUUUAGCUCGGGAGAAUUACAAGGUCGCGGGUUUAAGGCGAAGUACACUUUCGAGACGGAGUAUCGAGUUCCCGGUACUGCAGCACCAGGUGGCGAAUGUGCGUUCACAUACCGUUCAGAGGCGAAGAAGAGAGGAGAAUUUAACUCGCCCCGCUACCCUUCCAACUACCCCUCUCACACCAACUGUACCUACACCCUCGUAGCGACACCUAACGAGCAAGUUACUGUCGUGUUUGAUCACUUUAAAGUUCGAGCUGAUGCUUGGAAUGCUACCGCUGGAUUGUAUGGAGGGGCAACCUGUAGCGAGGACUGGGUAGAAGCGUGGUGGACGGGGCGCGAAGGUACCCGUGUGCCAUUGGGGAGAUGGUGUGGACUUGCAACCCCAGGACCGUUGCAGUCGCCACGUGGAGCCCUGGGACUACUUAUAGCAUUACAUACUGACUACGAAGCCGUAGCAUCUGGAUUUAAAGCUAGAUAUGUGUUCGAGCCAGCAAAAUCAAUAUUCGGCGAUUGCGGCGGAAACGUUUCUGGGUCUCCUUGGGGUAUAGUUUCAUCUCCUCGGUACCCUUUGCCUUAUGAGGCACCUGCACGCGGUGCUGCUUCCAGGGUGUGUAACUGGUUUAUAACUGCAAAGCCUGGACGGAGGUUGCUACUUAACUUUGACCAUUUUGCGGUUGAAGGUCAUCUGACAGAGCGUGGAUGUCCCGCAGCAGUGCUGCGGCUGUGGUAUGAGAGUCCAGGUCCUCCGCUAGAGUUAUGCGGGGAGAAAGCGCCCGGAGACCGUUGGCAAUACCUCUCGUCGUCAAAUUCUAUCAGAUUAUCAUUUAUAAUAGCGGACAAGUCUGUAGGUGCGGCGGGUUGGCGGGCGAUUUGGACAGAGGUUACAGUAGGUGUAGGUGAAGAAUGCCCGGAGGCUUGCGGGGGCGCGUGUCUACCACCAGGCGCGCUUUGCUCCGGUCUACCACACUGCGCAGGACAGCAGAAAAGCCCACGAUGCGAGAGUGCGCACGCCGCGGACGGGAGUGGCAACGGCAGCAGUGUAUGGUGGGUGGCAGGGUGCGCCGGCGGCGGGAUGGUCACUUUGGGGGUAUGCUGGCGGCGGCGACGGCGAACACCGCGUGGCCCACCUCCACCACCGAGGCCCCCGCCCAGACCUCUCGCGGCCAGACUUGCAGUUCCUCCCGACACAGUGUGA